AUGGACUUGUAUCAACAAUUCCCUCAAUCUUCAUUAAAUUUUGAUCCAGAAUUUGAAAAGCUAUUGGAAAUCUUCACAACAAGAUCAAUAUCAACUAUUGAUAUCUUGACAACUUCACCAAUUGAAUUAUCAAAUCAAUUAAAUAUAUCAUUAUCCCAAAUUCAAAAAUUCAUAUCAAUUUUAAAAAUCCAAACAAAUAAACAACUUGGUGAUGAUUUAAUUAAAGGUGAUGAUAUUAAUCAGGAAGUUUUCACUACUGGUGACCUUGAAUUUGAUAAAAUUUUAAAUGGUGGGUUAAGGACAGGUAUGAUUACUGAAAUAUUUGGUGAAAGUUCAACAGCAAAAUCACAAUUUUCAAUGCAAUUAACCAAAACAAUAAACCUGAGUCCUGAUCAAGGUGGUUUGGGAGGUAAUUCAGUUUAUAUAUCAACUGAAGGAAAUUUAGAAACUAAAAGAUUGAUUGAAAUUAAUCCUGGGAUUGAAAAUGUUUAUUAUAUAAAUUGUUCUGAUUUUGAAACUCAAGAACAUAUAUUAAAAGUUCAAUUACCUCUUUUAUUAAAAGAUCCUGAGAAGAAUAUAAGAUUAGUUAUAAUUGAUUCUAUUUCUCAUCAUCUUCGAGUUGAAUUAUUAAAUUCCAAUUAUGAAAAUUUUAAUAAAAAUCAAAUUAUUUUACAAAAUUUAGGAAUUUAUUUAAACAAGUUAUGUACAGAUUUUAAUAUUUCAAUGAUUUUAACAAAUCAAAUUAGUGAUAAACCAGAUUCAAAUAUUUUAAACACAAAUUUUAAAAAAAUUUCAAUGGAUUAUCAAAUUGGUUGGUUAUCAGGUUGGUCUUCUCAAGAUAUUAGAAAUAGACAAGAUAAUGAAUUUCAAUUAAAUUCCAAAAUACCAACAUUAGGUCUAAAUUGGAGUAAUUUAAUUAAUGUUCGUAUAUUAUUGAAAAAAAAUUAUAAACCUGGUUGGGAAAACCCACAACAACAAGAACAAUUAGAACAAGAACAAGAACAUGGGAAUUGGAUUUUAAAAAGAUAUUUUAAAUUAGUUUAUUCUUCAAUUAGUUUCAAUAAUGAUGAAGUUGAAUUUAAAGUUUUUAAAAAUGGGUUGUUUUCUGUGAAGAAUUGA